AUGUUAAAGUUCUUGUAAUUUGCGUACAACCGGGUUUGUGUUUUGCCGCUGUGUAUAGACAGUUUUUCGCGUUUCAGCAUUUAAUUUACCGAAUUAAGAAUUGUAUCUGCAGUAAUUGUUGUGAUUAGUUUUAAUAGCUGGAAGUAAAUUAAGAUGGAUCUUUCGGGUCCCUUGUUAAUUUCCAACAUUCUGUCUACUGAAGAAUUGGAGCAAACGCCGUCUGUGGUACAAGAAAAACUUAAAACAUGGAUUGAGGGAUUCUGUGAUGAAUAUUGCAAAAAUAAAGCUGCAGCCAAUCGUCUUCAUGACUAUGAGCAGAAAGCUGAGGAAUUGCAGGCGCAUAUUCAGGACUAUGAUGUUAAAUUAGAAAGCCAAAACAAAAAUGUCGACGAAUUACGUACUCAGCUGGACAACGUUUCAAUUGAACGUGUUCAAUUACUUGAACAAUGCAGUAAUCAUGAAAUCGAAAUGAUCGCUCUAAGAAACGAAAAGAAUUCUAUCGCAGAAGAACGCGACUCCUUGUUGAAGUUAAUCGAACGUCAAAAAAGUGAGUUGGAUAGAUUGCAAGAAGAAAUUCAUUCAUAUCAACAACAACUUAAGAAUGCUAUCACUGCGAAAUGUGAGGCAAUUGCUAGAGUGGAUGAAAUCGAAAGCCAAAAAGUUUCACUUGAUUUUAAGGAACGCCGCAUGGAACAAGAACGUACAAUGCUUCACAACCAAAUUCGGACCCUAACAGACGAUUUGAAUAGAAAUAUAUCCGAACUUCAAAGCAUUAGACGUGAAAAUACUGUGCAAGGUAUGCAUCUUGAAGCAAAACUUUCCGAUAAAACAGAAGAACUCAAAAUAGCUCAAACACAAUGUGCACAAUAUAAGGAAACUAUUGAUAGGCUUACACAAAAUGUUCAAGAUUUAUCAAACAAACUUCUAAACCAAAACGAGGAGGCAAACAAGAUGAUGGACUUUUAUAAAAAAGAGUUAGAAGCUAAAACAAAAUUAGCUGAACUUUACAAAAGCAAUUGUGAAGAUACAGAUGUUGAGAGAAAUGAACUGAGUGCUGCUAUAACAGACCUUAAGCGAAUGUUGGCCGAGGCCAGUGAGCAAUAUGGCGACCUGGAAACUAAAUUUAAAGCAACUGUAUUGCAACAUGAGGCAGAACUGGAAGAACGUGACAAAGUAAUUGAGUCUCAGAAAGCGGAGCUUCAACAUGCAAACGACUUAUUAAAAGAGUUGCAAGAUGAAACCAUGGAGAGUGCUAUAUCGAAAAUAGCACCAUCUGCUGCAAUUGCUAGUCGCUUGAUUAGAACCGAUAUGUCAUUGACUGAGUUAUAUUCACUCUAUGUUAAAAGCUCUGAAGAAUUGGAUCUACAAAAAAGAGAAAAUGCUCGACUAAACCUACAACUCAAGACAAUAUUACAAGAAUUAAGUGAAAAUGCUCCUGUAAUCAAAAAGCAAGAACUAGAAUACGAAAAAUUAAUAGAAACGAAUAACAUUUUAGCCCACCAACGUGAUGAGUUAUUAAGUAAGAAGGCAGAUAUGGAAGAUUUAAUGGGUAACGCACAUUCCAAAAUAAAUCACUUAGAAAGAGAAAACAAAAAACUCAAGAAUUCUCAAAAUGAUCUUAGUAGACAGGUUUGUUAUUUGCUAAAAGAAGUGGAGCAGUUGCGUAUUGGUCUUAUUGCUGACAAUAGCCCCAAUCAAGGCGGAAAUCUCUCUACCACUGAUGAUGUAAUUUCGAAGAAAUUAGUAACAUUCAACAGCAUUGUCGAAUUGCAAGAGAACAACCAAAAACUUUUACUUCUCGUACGCGAUUUGAGUACCAAGUUGGAAGAUGCUGAAACAUUAAAACAACAGAUGGAUGCGGCGGCAUAUCAAGAAAAAAUUGAAAACUACGCCAAAAAGUUCCAAUCAAUGCAAGAAACAUUGAAUCAACAAAACAAUACCGUUGCAACAUUGGUAUCAAAAUGUGAACGUUACAAGAAAAUGUACUUUGAUAUUCAAAAAAAUAUUCAAAAGUCUGGUCAGCAGUCAGAACACAGCGAUGUUGAAGAAGUAGAAAUGGCUGAUAUUGAUGAAACUGAAAACAAAAACACAACCAAUUCUUCAAUUCAAAGUAAAAAUCGAAAAUCUAUAGAUAACAACGCGGAGCGCCGUAUUAGAGACCUGGAACAGCAAUUGCAAGAUGUUCGGGAACAACAUAAAACAUUAAAAGAGCAAUAUGAAUACUAUACACAAGAGAAGAAAAACAAUGAGCGAAUUUUGAAUGAGCAGUUCGAUUCUAUGCGCACAGAAGUAAGAGAGUUGACCUCAACAAACUGCAAGCUAAUGUCUUCAUUAGAAUACAGUAAAGAACAGAUCAAAUUGCAACAAAAGAAUAUAUCCACCUACAAGCAGCAAAUCACAGCACUCGAAGAUCGAAACAAAAAUUAUGAAAACACUAUAAUAAAACAUGAACAGACAGUACAUUAUCUAAAGGACGAAGUAAUGAAAGCACAGCAUGGAUAUUCAGCUGCACAAAGCGAGGGCUCACACCUACGUAGUGAAAAUCGUAUCCUCAAGGAUACAGUAAACCGUCUGCAGGCCGAAAAGGAAGGCUAUCACCGUGAGCAGCAGAAUCAAAAUCUACUUUUGAAUAAUUUGGAGUUAAUUAAAUCGAAUUUGGAACGCUCUGAAAUGGAAGGUCGUGCGCGAUUGGAGCAAAGGUUAGACGAAACAGUGCGCGAAUUGUCCGCUCAGCGUCGACGCUUUCAGGAGGAGGAAGACCGUUUCCGAGAAACAACCAGUGAUUUGAAACGGCAAGCGGAAACAGCUAAGAAGUGUAUGGAAGAAGAAAGAGCUCAAUCGCAGAAACUUCGUAAUGAGCUACAUGCAGUUCGUGAAGAGCUCACAACCAAAGCAAAUCAAAUCGAUGAAUUAAGCAAAAAAUUACAAGAGAGUUUAACUCCUGCUAAAAAUGACAAUCCAAUUGCAUUGGCAAAUAAAAAAGCACGAGAAUUCGAAGUCAAACUGGAAGAAGCUAAAAUUGAAAUUAAUUCCUUGACCACUGAACUGGCUAAAGCUCGUGAACAUGCCGAUCAGUAUUUCAAAAUGUCACAGAGUGCUGAGGCUGAAAUAAAAAAUCUUCAUGAAAUUCAUACCUCAUACACUGCAAAAGCAGAAUCUGAACUGAAGGAAUUAAAAUUAAUCGAAUUGAAUUUGAAAUCAAGAGUAACUGAAUUAGAAGCAGAAUUGCAAUUGGCGUCUGUAACAGAGGACCCAAGCUCAAACCAAUCUGAUCAACUCAAAAAGUCUAAGGAAGAACUAAAAGAUGCCCUACAAAAAUUGGGUGAAUGUAAUCGUAACCUUCGCACAUUACGAACGGAAAAUACUUCUUUAUCCGAAUCCCUAAAUGCUGUACAGGCAAAAUAUGCAAAUGAAAUGGUUCUGCAUUCAGCUGAUAUACAAGAGCUCACUAAGGUCAAAGCAGAAAUGACCAAAAUCCAAGAUCAAAUCAAUGAAUUAAUCACUGAACGAGAUUGCGCAAAGAAUUUGUAUGAAGAACUUAAAGGUUCUCACGACGAAUCAUUACGCUUGCUCCAAACCGAAAAAGAUGAAUUAGAGAAACGCAUAGUUGAUCUAAAUUGCCUGAAUUCGAGUUUGCACGACCAAAUUGAGGCAUUAACGAUGAAACUAAGCAUUCUUAGCCAACCUCAGGCUUCCAACAUUUCGUCAAAUUCCAUAAACGAAUCGGCUAUGGAUACUUCUGCCGAUUUGAGUCGUUCGAUGUUGGAAGAUGAUUCCAAAAACAACAAUCAGUUACUACAAAUCAUUAAGUAUCUACGCAAGGAAAAGGAUCUUAUAGACGCCAAGUUGGACAUAUUAAAGGCGGAAAACGCUCGAUUGCAAUCUGAGAAUAUAAUUUUGCAAAAGAAAAUGGAUGAAUUAAAGGGUAGUCUUAACCAGGAACGCGCCAAAUCUGAAACGUUAGUAGUUUCAACCACAAAACAUGAAGAAAUCCUUCGGAAGAUAGAAAAUCUAAAUGCCAUUACAGACAGCAAUAGGAUAUUGCGCGAGGAACGAAACUCUUUGGCUGCACGUGUGAAGGAGCUAAAUGAACAUAUUAACACUAUUGAAAACGAUUUAUUGCCAUUGCAAAACCAAAGUCGUGAACUUUCCACAAAAAUUGAGGAGCUAACAUCCGAAAAUACGUCCUUACGCACGGAAGCUAUUAAAUGGAGACAACGUGCCAAUGUAUUAGUAGAAAAGAGCAAUAAGAAUCCCGAAGAAUUCAAACGGCUGCAAACUGAAAGAGAAAAUCUUGCCAAGAUGUUGACCCAUGAGAAAGAUUUGCUAAAACAGACAACUGAUGAACUAACUGCAAUAAAGGCCGAAAAACUUCAAAGAGAAACGGAGAUUGCUUCGUUAGAAAAACAAAUCCAAACACUUAAUGAGGAAAAGAAGAAACUGAGCGAUGAUUACUCAGGUGUACGACAGAAUAAUAUGCGUAUGCUGCAGGAGAUUAUGGAAUUGAGAAAUAAAUUGUUGCAAAAAGAAGAGUCAUUGCAGAAGCUUACCGAAGAAAUGGAGUCUAAGGAAGCUCAAUUGCAGGAUUCUAAGAAUAAAGAAUUCCAGAUCCGUAAAAUUGCCAAACGUUAUAAAGAUUCUUACUUGGAACUGUCAAAUAAAACAGCAGCCGCUUCAGCAGAUGGGUCAGCAACCACACAGGAUAACAUGGAUCUGGGCGGCAACAGUGGAGCAGAUGGUUCUGCUGCUAAUACUGCGACCGCAACUGCCGUAGCCAAUGAAUUGGAGCAGCAUCGCACUACAAUUGAAAACCUUAAUGGUGUCAUACGCACAAUGCAAGAAGACAGCGAUAAGUUGCGCAAAGACUACGACGACUUGAAAACUGCUGUGGAAAUUGAUGACCGCACCAAAACACUUUUACGUGAAGCCAAAGCGCGCAUUGUAAGUUUAACUGAGUCUAAAAAUGCUAUCACUCAAGAACUGAAUACAACAAAGAGCAAGCUACAAAACGUUUUGCAAACUUCAGAGAAUGCAGACUCAACUAUAAAUAGUCUCAAAACUCAAUACGAGGAGACACUAGCACGACUUGAAAAGGAAUUGUUGGAACAAAAUAAUCAGAACAAAGAAUCAAUUGCUCGUUUAACCAGGGAAAAUGAAUCCCUAUUGAUGCGCAUUAAUCAACUAAAUCGACAACUUGGCUUACAACAAUCAGCUAAGCCGUCUACUAGUUCAGUUGCUAUAACAGAUAAGGGCUGUAUUUCAGAAUCCUCACCGCGUACAGCAAAUGUUAAGCCAAUGUCGGGUUCGACAACCGUACAACAAUCUGCAACAGUCACACCAUGGCGUGGUAGUGAAACUCCCUUGGCUAGUAUUAGACCAAUAUCAGUACAGAAUAGUCGAACAGCAGCCAUUCUGCCAACUAGCCAACAACCAGCAGCCGGUGGUUCUUCGACUUCGACAUCAACAUCAUCGUCAAGUACAACAACAGCUUCAACCGGUAGUAGUAGUAAUACUGCACUAGUUCCGCCUCAACAACAAGUACACACCACCGGCAGCAGCUCAAUUGAGUCGAUGUCAUCAUCACCAACUUCAUCCCACACGGAUUAUAUGCCAUCUACUAGUAGCUCUGCUUCUGUAGCCGUUGCUGCGAUUCCACCGAUGGGCUCGACCUCAGCUGCUGAGAGUUCCCAAGAAGCUGAAAGCGUCCAACAACCACAACAAAAUGAAUCGCAGUUACUAGUUGGUAGUGGUCAGCAACAGGUUGUAGCGCUCGUUUCCCCGCGAGUUGAAGGUUCCUCGCAAAAUGUACCAGUCCCAAAUCUGCAACUACAGCAGGAUUCCGGAAAUCAGCAGCCUAGCACAUCAGGUACUACUAGCUCCAGUAGCCAUAUCGCUGUGAGUAGCCACAGCCGACAUACUCCAUCGAGCAGCAGUGUUACCACCUCCCAGGCCGGUACAUCUGGUGGUCAUAAGCGACCCCGAGAUCUAGAAGGUGACUCAUCUACGAAUGUCGAAGAUUCUGCCGCUGACAAGACAACAAAACAUCCAAAACGCUUGCGUGGUUCUGAGCCAGCCAUUUUGGGCGUAACAGAAUCUGGAAUAGAUGUUGAAUAUCAAGUUCCAACUUCAUCACAACGUGAUCAGGAAGAUGAUAUUGUUGUAGUAGACUCUGAAGAGGAAGAUGACGGUAUGAUAGAUGCUGAUGAUGGUCCAACAGAUGGAGACGCGGAAAACGAAGGAUAUGAGGACUCUUACGAGCAAGACCAGGAUAUGGACGAAAAUGAAAUUCCAGAAGUAAAUGAGAGUAAUAUUCGCGCAGAUGCCGAGGUCGAUAAUAACGAAGUAGAUGUUGAUGAAGGUACUGAAAAUCAGGCCCAAUGCAUCUCUGGCACUGACAACCAAUCUGACAUUCAUUACAAUACUGGAGCGAGCACAAGCCAAGCAGCAGCAGCUGCCAUGGCACAUAGCCAUGAAAUGGACAGCAAUCAACAGAGUCAAACAAUCAGCAGUGGCAGCUAUGAAUCUAACACAAUUGCAACUCAACCGAUUGGGACGCAAUGGAAACAAUCUCGCCCACAAAAAACAACAAUAAUGGUUCCACAACAAGGAGUGAGUGGAAAUGCAAGUGAAAGUGGUGAACAGGAUCCCAGUGGAAGUCGUCCAUCGGACAGCGGUGCUGAACUUGUAAGCUCACCACAAGGUUCGAAAUAUGGUGCAACUGAAACAAUCACUCAUUCUGAACAACUUGAAGGUAAAGAAGCUACAAAUAAGGGUGUUGAAGAAAAUAUUGCAGAAAGUGAAGAAAUGGUUGGUGAGCGUAAUGAUGAGAACACGCUUGAUGCUCCAAAAAGUGGAGGAACAAAUGAUGCUGCGUUGGUUGUAGAAGAAGAUAUGGAAAAUGUUGAAGAAGAAUUUGCAGAGGAAACUUGUAUAGUAGAAGCCCCUGAAAAUAUAGAUAGUGAAAGCCAUCACAGCAGUGGAGCAACACAGUCCGAAAUACAAGAUAUCCAGCAAAAUCAAGUUGAAGCUACAUCUGAGGAUAAUGAUGGCGCAGACGGAGUUUCAUCAGAGGGUGAAAAGCCAGCUGUAGAAGAAGUUGAAGAAGAGGGACGUGAAGCGGAAGCAUCUACAUCACCUUCAAUUACUACACGCUCUAAAGCUAUUAAAGGCAGUGGAAAUGUACGUAGGCCCUCCCGAGGUUUUCAACGCGGAGGAAGACCAACACCUAUAAUUUGGCAAGAUGGCGCUGGCCACUCGCGUAAUGUAUCCCCAAAUCAUCGAGGUCAAGACACUCCCGGUAGUCCACUGCGUGGCUUCCCCAAUCAGCGUUCUCAACGAGCUCGACGCAUGCGACGUCCAACGGGAGGAAAUUACGGAAAUAUGCGUUACUCAUAAAUAUUAGCCAUUACAUGUAGUAUUUAAAAAUAAAAACACAAUUUUCUUUAUAUUCCUAAAUAUAUCAAAUAACAAUUUGGAAACUACUAUUA